UAAUUUAUAUGUAAGAAAGGAUGAAAUGAAAAGAGAUGGUCAACUGGUGAUCGUAAUAAUUAUUUAAUUAGAACGCUAAGACAAUCAAUCACAAGUUAUUAAAUGGGAAUUGGUGAACCGAUGCGAUGCGAUGCGAUGCGAUGCGAUCCGACACGAUACCCUUUGGAUAUUUUUUGAGUUAUGAUUUUGGUUGCAACGCGUUUAAUUGACGCAAUCAAGCAAUCAAUCAAGCAUUUUGUGUUGUCGUGAAAUUCGAUUUGAUAGUUGAAUCUGUGUAAGUAGUGACGAUCACGAAGAUGUCUACUCUGAAUGUGCCUCCUGUUCUUCCUUCCCCGAGAGACGAUGCUAUGCAACUUUAUCGUGCUUUCAAGGGUUUUGGGUGUGAUACUACCGCUGUCAUCAAUAUAGUUGCUCAUAGAGAUGCUACUCAGCGUGCCUACCUCCAACAAGAAUACAGAGCUAUGUAUUCUGAGGACCUUCUCAAACGCUUAUCUUCCGAGCUUUCUGGCAAGUUGGAGAAUGCACUUCUGCUUUGGAUGCAUGACCCUGCCGGACGUGAUGCAAUUAUCCUUAAGCAGACUCUAACUGUCGCCAAAAAUCUUGAAGCUUCCACUGAAGUUAUAUGUUCACGAACUCCGUCCCAGCUGCAAUAUUUAAGACAGAUAUACCAUACUAAAUUUGGCAUUUCUCUUGACCAUGAUAUUGAAAGAAAUACCUCUGGAGAUCAUAAAAAGAUUUUACUUGCUUAUGUAAGCACACCACGCCAUGAAGGCCCAGAGGUUAAUAGAGAAAUGGCUGAGAAUGAUGCGAAGGUUUUGUAUAAAGCUGGUGAAAAGAAACUGGGAACUGAUGAGAAAACGUUUGUGCAAAUAUUCAGUGAACGGAGUGCAGCACAGUUGGCUGCCAUAAAUAAUUUUUACCAUGGCAAGUAUGGACACUCAUUGAAAAAGGCAAUAAAGAAUGAAACGUCGGGGAAUUUUGCUCAUGCACUUUUGACAAUAGUCCAAUGCGCUGAGAAUCCAGCAAAGUAUUUCGCGAAGGUCCUACGUAAAGCAAUGAAAGGUCUGGGUACCGAUGACACGAAACUUAUGAGGGUGAUUAUAACAAGGAGCGAGAUUGAUCUACAGUAUAUCAAAGGUGAAUAUUUAAAGAAAUACAAAAAGACGCUGAACGACGCAGUUCACUCAGAAACAUCUGGACACUACAGGGCUUUUCUUCUCUCACUUUUAGGUCCCAACCAGUAGUACUCAGAAUGCAUGUUGUGUUGAAUAUAUGAAUGAGCACUUUAAAUAUUUUCUUUGUUGAUAUUCUAAAUUAAGCAGUGCUUUGUAAGUAUUAUGUACAUGAACUCGCGUGGUUUUAUUUGCUUGUCACUUACGUUAUAAUGUACCUAUGAGUUUGUUUGUAUCAAGUUUAUGUAUGUCUGUGCUGAUGAUUUUUUCUUUCCGUUGCCAAA